AUGCCUGCCGACUAUACAUCUACUGCUCGGGCUUUGUCUCUCCCCACCUCGCCUUCAGAAUCGCUAUCACCCGCAGACAAUGAUUCGUAUCCGCCAUGGAGUCAUUUGGCAUCUGGCAGGAGCAAUCCCGCCCACCCCUCCGAGCGUCCUACUCUCUGGAAGCAGGUCACCCAUCGGUUGAAUGAAACAUCGCAACGAAUGAUGGCAAUUUGGCGGAGAUUGAGUUUUUGGCAGAAAGUAGGUGCAGCUGCAGCUGCUUUGCUUGCCAAUCUCCUUGGAAUUGGGUUCCUGGUUUUCACAGGCAAAGUCUUCAUAUGGCUUGGCCCUGUAGCAGAGCAAUGGGAGCAAUCAGUGGUGGCAUACACUGUCCUCUGGUUAUGUGUAUUCUUCGUCUCCUUUCCACCAUUAGUGGGGUGGUCUACCUUUGGUACCAUAUCUGGCUACAUCUUUGGGGUAUGGAAAGGAUGGUUUCUGUAUGCAUCUGCGACUGUGCUGGGAUCUACGUGUUCCUUCGUUGUUUCGCGGACUAUCCUGUCUAAGUUCGUCAACAGAAUGAUGGAGCGCGAUAAAAGAUUCGCAGCUCUUGCUUUGACAUUGAAGUAUGACGGACUGAAGUUACUGUUAUGUAACGGUGCUGUUUCGACCUUCCCGACCGUUCAGCCAUUGAUGCAGCCGGAUCCGUUUACUUUCCGAGAAAGGAGAGGAGAUGAGCGCAGGUUCUAA